CUCCAACAUAUCUUGUCCUUAAUUCCGACUAAGUACGCAAUCAGAACCUCGGUUUUGUCCAAGCGAUGGAGGCAUGUAUGGUCCAAGACCCCUUCUCUCUCCAUCGAUUGCUCUAGAUCGGCGGAACCUGAUUCGAUCAAAGAAACCCUAGCUAGCUACUCGGCUCCCAAAAUCAUGAGUUUCCAUCUCUGCAUCAGGCGCAACGCUCCCCAGAGAUUGACAGCUUGAUCGAGUUUGCCAUGUCUCGCAACACGGAGAAGCUGUCUCUGGAGUUGCAUUAUGCUUAUUCUGGGCAUUACAGUUUUCCUGAUUUCUUCUACACCAGUUCCUCUCUAAAGCAACUCGUGGUCGAAGGUGGAAUUAUGGAUACGAUUCCUACAGGCACCACUGUGUCUUGGACAUCUCUGUUGAUUCCUGUGCUGAUAUCCUGUCUGGUUCGCCACUGCUUGAGAGCUUGUCAUUGUGUGCUGAACUCGAGCUUCUUGAUCUGAGCAAAUCUCUGCAGUUAAAGAGAUUGGAUAUACAAGGUUUGGUACCAACGCAGAUCGUGGCACCACAUGUCCAAUUUUUGAGAUUGUCACACAGUGAUGAGUCACAAUGUGGUAGUGGAUGUCUCUUCUUUAACCGAAGCUUACGUGAACAUCUACUGUUCAAGGCGUCCUCUUUUCUUGCAUGAAGACUUUUCUGAUCCUGAAACCGGUUUAGCUGAUUCGCUUCAAGUGAUGGUCUUAAAGACGCUAGAAAAGUUGCAGAAUGUGGAGAAGCUUACUUUGUGUGGGGCUUUCUUUCUUCAGAUGUUAUCUCUUGCCGAGGUCUGAGGUGUUUCAAUUCCGACCCUCAAGGUCGAAGCUUUGACUUUUGAAACGCUCCUCGAUCAAUCAAUUAUUCCUGGUAUAGCAAAGAUGCUACAAAACUCACCAAGAUUAAAGAAACUAAAACUACAGAUAGAUGACGACUGCAGCACCAUAGAGGAGUGUUCUCUUACCAACUACUUGCAUUGGAAAAGCUUGUGUACGCGUCAAUGUUGGAAACCGAAAGAUGUGGCCUUGGAGACUUGGUCUGAGCCGAAACUCAUGACUUCGUUCAUGAAAUUUCUGCUGAGAAACACUGGAGACAAUUGUUAUACGACUGGGAGUUACACUUUCUCAGAAAACAACAAUGGUUUAAGGGGGACGUUAGAGACAUCGGACAUGCAGAUGGUGAUGAUGAGUCGCGACAAAACAAGCACUGUACCACGUGGCCUAUCCCUUGACGUACACGUACGCUCUGUCCUAAACCCCCAUAAAAACGCGACUCUCAUUUCUCCGGAGGUCUUCAUUUAUUUUCCCAAAAAUUGAGCUCCCGUCGACGGAGAACUAUCGCCGUCCCGGUCACUAGAGGUCUGCUGGCUCUUAUCUUUUUCGCUCUGUCUCCAUUCUUCGGUUUAUUUUGGGUACUCGUUAUGUCUAGGGAACCGGGAGGAGUUGAAUCGGACUCGGACGUUGUUUUUGGCGGCAAUGCGCUGAGGUCUGAGAGUGGAGUGGCUCAGUCAUUUGAAACCCUAGCUGAUGGCUCCUUACUAGUGAAGCUAGCUGGGGUUGAGCGAAAAUGCUGCGUCUUUGCAGGUAAUGAUGGGAUUGAAAAAAGAAAUGGAGUUUGGGAAAAGGAUUCUGUAAGUAAAGAGUCUGAUUUUGGAACUGUGACCCAAGAUUUAGAUGUAGAGACUAACGGAAGUGAGACUGAGAACGAUUCUGAUGCAGAAUCUGAGGGUUUUUGCGAGAACGGAGUUCUUGAUGGCCCAAGAAAGCAGAAACCAAAACAUGAGAAUCUGAAGCUCUCUGGCUCAGAUUUGGUUUGGGCUAAAGUAAGGAGCUAUCCAUGGUGGCCUGGACAAGUGUUUGAUGCAUCUGCUGCAUCGGUAAAAGCGAUGAAGCACUUCAAGAAAGGAAAACUCUUUGUUGCAUAUUUUGGGGAUUACAGCUUUGCUUGGAAUGAUGCAUCCGUGAUAAAGCCUUUUCAUCAGCAUUUCUCACAGAUGGAGAAGCAGAGUAACUCACCAGUGUUUCAAGAUGCUAUUGAUUGUGCUUUGGAAGAGGUUUCAAGGAGAGUAGAGUUUGGUUUAUCUUGCCCUUGUAUCUCAGAGGAAGCCUAUAACAAACUCAAGACUCAGAGUAUAAUCAAUCCUGGAAUUCGAGAGGACUCAAGCGUGAGAUACGGUGGAGACGAGUUAUCGAGUGCCAUCUUUUUCGAACCUGCAAAAUUUGUGGAUUAUAUGAAGCAGUUAGCUUGCUUUCCGAGUUAUGGUGAGACUGAUAAGUUGCAGUUUGUGAAUAUCCGAGCUUAGUUAUCGGCUUUUCAAAAAUGGCAAAGCAAUCUUAACUUUCCCAAGUACGAAACAAUUCUAAGGUCGGUCAGGACUGAUGAAAAGACAAAAGAGAAGACUUUGUCCGAUAUUGUCGCAAACAAAACCUUAGGGAGCACACCAGUUGAGGAAUUGGAUGGGAAGUCGCAUUCUGAAAAGAAGCGGAAUGUUGAGUCUUCAAAUUCCGGUAAGCCUGAGAAAAAGAGAAAGAACAACCGGCAAAAAGAGGCUUCAGCAUCUAAUAAUUCUGAUGAGGAAAUUAAUUGGUCAGUGGGUAGGAAACUGCAAAAGGUGGCUACCCCAUGUUUUGCAACUGAGGCUAUCUCUUUGAGAGUGGAACGCGAGUUGAUUUCUUUAGUUCCUACACCAAACGUUUGCAGUUAUUCUAAUUCUACUUCAAAAGUGGAAGUUGAGAGCAAGAAGAGGGAGAAGCCUGAACUUGAAGAGCUUGCCCAAAAAAUGAUUUCUUCAAAAGAUCAGAUCGUACCUGAUGAGAUGCUCUCGAGCUUUCACGAAGACAAAACCGCAAAGGGGAUACCUGAAUCAAUCAGCAUAGACCCCUCGAAUUAUGAAGGUUUUGAAAAGGUCAUUGAGGAAAUAUCUUGCGAUAAACUCAAUGAUGACUCUAAGAAGGCGAGUAUCACUGAGACAUCAGUAUCUAGGGAUGUGAAACUCUCUUCAGAAAAGAAGAUCCUACCUGCGAAUAAAGAAUCAGCUGGUUCAGGCUCGAAAGAGCAAACAGACUGUUGUGCAGAUUCAUCAGCACCCUAUGCAUUGAUCCUCAAGUUUGCGGAUUCAGGAAAGAUUCCAUCCGAAGAAAAGCUGAACAGCAUAUUUAACCGUUACGGUCCCCUUAGAGAAUCGGAGACUCAGAUCAUGAAGAAAGGCAAGAGAGCCAAAGUGGUGUUUGAAAGUGGCGAAGACGCAAAGACUGCCUUCAGCAGCUCCGGGAAAUACAGCAUCUUUGGGCCUUCUCUUCUAAGUUACAGCCUCAAGUUUGUUUGCCCAAAAGCCAAACAGAGCAACACCAUAACCACUUGAAAACGAAUUUGU